UCUUCCUCCUUCACAUUUACAUUUCUUAUCUCCUCAAGUACUAAUGGCUUCUUCAUCAAGCGUUUGCUUUUUGUCCUCAACCACACGCCGCUUGUUCGUCUCUGUAUCCCAUUGUUCUUCUUCUUCUUCUUCUUCUUCUUUUGCUCAGAGACCCAGAAGAGAAUCAAGCGACAUUUCCAAAGGGUACCGCACAAUCUGUCUGGGGAAGAGAAUGCUCAGCCUCUCCGUUGCCGCAAUUAUCUUCUCAUCAUCGUCCAUUCCCACCCUUUCCAAAGCCACGGCCGAUGAUUUAGAGCUCCAAAGGUACACAGAUUUGAAAGAGGGUUUCACUCUCCUCCUGCCCCCUUCUUGGAUUAAGGUGGAUAAAGCUGGGGCCACUCUUCUGUUUGAGGAGCCAAACAAAGCCGCUAAUAACAUCGGAGUUGUGGUAAACCCUGUUCGUCUUACAAAGCUUGAAGAAUUUGGCAGUCCUGAGUUUGUUGCAGAUAAACUUAUUCAAGCUGAGAAGCGCAAGGAAAGCACCAAGGAUGCCGAGGUAAUUGAAGCUUCACAGAGAUUAGGCAACGGAGGCCUACAAGUGUACGAGUUUGAGUACAAGGUCGAUAGCACCAGGGGCGGUAUGAAGAGGAUAUUUUCGGCUGCAUUUGUGGCUUCGAAGAAACUCUAUGUUCUUAACAUUGCUCACUCUGACAAACCAGAGAGUCCUUUAGACACAGGAAUGCGCGAGAUAUUGGAGCAAGUCCUUCAUUCCUUCGAUACCAUUACCACGCCUAUGGCUUGAAUCGACACUUCUUUCUCAGUGAUUUCGUGCUUUGCAGCUCUGCUCUUACAUUCCAAGGCAGAGAUAAGCAGAUGUUUUUUGUCAUAUUUGCAGUAUAUCUCAGAGCACAGAGAGGAAGGAGUUAGGUAUGAAUGCUGAAUGGUGGUUACCUUGGCGGUUAGGGUAGCUAGGCAGCAGGCACCUUGAAUGGAGGAUGUACAUGCAUUGUGUAUUUCCUUGUCUUAAGAUUCAGAAAUCUAUCUAUCUGUUGGGAAGAGAUUCGUAAGAACAUGUGAUUAUGAACUUUUGUUCGGAAAGAAAUGUCCUCUUCCCAUUAAUAGGUUUUGUUCA